AUGCCCAUCAAUAGCUGGGGAUACGGCAAAGAAAACGGUCCUUCAGUAUGGCACAAACAUUGCCUGCUGCCUGUUGCCCAGGGGAACAGGCAGUCUCCCAUCAAUAUCAUGCCUCAUCAGGCCUCAUAUGACCCCAGCCUGCAAUCCAUUCUCCUCAAUUAUGACCACUGUUCCUCCAUUAACAUCUCCAACAAUGGGCAUUCUGUUGUGGUCGACUUUGAUGACACAGAUGACCGUUCAGUGAUCCAGGGAGGCCCUCUAGACAACCCAUACAGACUGAAACAGUGAAAUGGGUCACAUGGCUCUGAGCACACUGUUGCAGGCCACAGCUAUGCUUCAGAGCUUCAUUUGGUUCAUUGGAAUGCAGUCAAAUACAAGACAUUUGGGGAGGCAGCAGCAGCUCCUGAUGGACUUGCUGUCCUUGGUCUCUUUUUAGAAACUGGUGAUGAACACAGAUGGUUCCAUAUGAUAACAGAUUCACUGUACAUGGUAAAGUUCAAGGUUAGUGUCACAGAUUUCAAAAGUUUCAAUCCCAAGUGCCUCUUACCAAGUAGCCUCCACUACUGGACCUACCUUGGAUCACUGACCACACCCCCACUACACGAAAGUGUUAUCUGGAUCAUCCUGAAGGAGCCCAUCACUGUAUCAGAAAGGCAGGUCUGUGAUCCUUUGACCACAAUAUUGACUUACUGUAUAAUGACAGGACAUGAUGACCAAAGCUCUAUCAGCCUCUUAUUCGCUUAAAAAUAUAGCACUUUUCAUAUUUAUUUAUAUAAAUGCUUUUAAAGAAAUUAUUCAACAUUGACGUUUGAAAUGUAUGUUUUGGACUGUAUGCUAUGGAGGCUUUCAAAUGUUAUUUUAAAUUCAGGUCGCAGAAGUCCUUUUUAAAAAUUUGAGCUUCCCCUUUGCUCUUCGAUCUAUAUUUCUUACUUUUUUUUAAAAAACCUGUCCUGUUAGGCUGCAUGGCCUUGCAGAAUGGUCGGUCUGUAUGCCUUUGUGCUAGAACAGUUUUGUUGUGCAACAGGGGGGUUUGAAAUACUCCCUUUGCUUAAUUUUUAAUUCAUUUUUUAAAUUAAUCUGAUGUUUACUGAAAAUGCAGCCAGACAGAAAAGGGUUUUAGGGGUCAGACAGGGGGACAGAAUUGACAAGGGAACUAGGGGUGAGAACCACAGCAGAACAAUACUGAGACCGUCUAGAUAUUUAAACACAAGUAACAUUACAACAGUUAUUUGUAGAUUGGGGGGUGGGGAGACAUCCGGUGAGGACAUGCAAUAACUAACCAGGAGAAACAGAUAAGAGAGGACAGUAUGUGGGAAAAUGAGGAAGGCAGUGGUACUGUCGAGUGGUGUGGUGGGAUUCUUUAUUAGUGUCUAAACACCUGUAAGAACCUGUGAGUUAUGUUACUUGAACCUGUGUUGUUAUAAGUGAUCCCAGCACAAGUAAUUAAAGUCUUAUCGUGUUUCUAUCAAACGUAUUAGUGAAUGAAGACCAUAUCACAUGCAUGUUAGUCAACUGGUGUACAGAGUUGCUGAGCCGGCACAUCGAGGAAGACUGUAACCGGGACCAAUUCCCUGGGCCCCCCCGGAGCCGCCUAUACCCAAACACCCUGGCCCCUAGCCCCGAUGCUCGCAGCCUGCCCACCCCGAAGAAGAAGCGGAAACCAACAAAGAAGAACAUGCACGAAGACGCGCCCAACGCAACACCCGGAACAGGAGGGCCCCACGAUGCGCAGCGCCCGACGCGCCCCGAGACCCAGCCCACACCGCACGGAGCCCCAGCGAAGCCAAUUCACAGUUAACAGGACGAGCGAAACCACAAAACAUGUCCAUGCCAACACCGAGACAGCCAACAAGGCAAACGGCCGGCCGCACCCCCACACUGACAGUCCCCGGCGCCCACUCCAGUCCCCAAACCAACGCAAGCGCCGACGACAGAAAAACAAACAAACAAACAAACAAACAAAACAAAAAACUAACUCAAUACCGAGCCAAAACCCACCGCAGCAUUCCCACACCACAAUGAACCGUGACAAAGCCCACACAAAUGCCGUCCCACAGCACCCCAAACACAAGUUGGGGUUGGGAAAGGAACCAACGCUUCACAGCACCAGGCACCACCCAUCAAGAAAAAAAGGAAAAAUCACCAGGGCCGUGCGAAGCCCCCCCGGGCCAAAAUGCCGAGCCCCAGUGUGCACUGCCCAAAACAAGAGGCCACAAGCCCAAAAGAGGAAGCCAAGCCAAAACCCGCACGCACAAACCACAGUAUAUUUCUUACUCGAACCACAGGAUGCACCACCACUGCAUUUCGCAAAUGCGAUGGAAGCAAAAUUUAAUAUCAUUUAAUGCAUGUUUAGUAUUUAUAGUCGUGCAGAGACUAUUUUCAAUUACUGAGCAUUCUCACAUCUUAAAUACCACCUUUUCCUACAAUAAAAUCCACACAGAAGCUUUAACUUUGAAAUAAUUUUUACGGAUAUAUAUCCUAUUUAUCUGUAAGUCAUUCCACAGUUGACCAGCCAACUGUGAAAUCUGGUUUGCUCAUGUUGCGUGCUUUCCAAACUACAGUUCACCACCACUGAUUUCGUCUGUUAAGAUUUAGAUUUAUGAGGGCUUUUCCCUACAGGUUUUUGAGAAAUUUGCUGUGACUCUAUUUUUAAAGAGAAAAACGUACUUUAUUGAGUUGCUAUGUCAUAGGGUUAACAUUGUGCCCCUUUAGCACCGAAAAUAAUCACAAGGUAUAGGUGUGGUAACACCAAACUGCUGAUACCUUAAUCUGACUAUUUGUGACUCACCUUAUGAGCUGUCCUUUCAAAGACAGCUACCAUCCUCUUUGUUGUU